AUCUGCAUGAUUGGCAACAUCUCCAACACCCGAUUGUCAUGAUCCCUAAGACGAAUUGCUGCAUUUCACAAUGUUAAUCUCCGGUAACAAACUGAGACAAGUUAGUGGUCUGUUUUCUUCGGCUGCUGUCCUAUUUGUACGUCGAGGAAAAGCUGUGGAGCCCCAGUUUAUACCCACACGUUGGUUUAGAGGCAACAAGUGGGACAAUCUACACGUGAAAGAGGUGAAAGUCCAGGAGGAAUGUCCUUCACAAACUCACACUGGUGGCCAGCUUCAAGAAAAAUUCAGAAAGGCCAUGAGUAAAGUUCCACAGCCAGUAGUGGUUGUCUCGACGGCUGAGUUUAAUGAGAAUGAAGGCAGAUGGAUGAGGAGAGGUGUUACCUGCGCGUCCUUCACCAGUGUGUCGUUAGAUCCUCCUGUUGUGUCCUUCUGUGUUAACAGGACAAGUCGCUUUCACAACAUUCUUCAAAAAAGUAAACAUUUUGCUAUUAACGUGUUGUCGUGUGACCAGGUACAGUAUGGUGUACAUUUUUCUAAACCAGCUCUGGAGGACAAGAACCAGUUUGAGUCAGUACCCUUUGAGGAAGGCCUAGAGGGUGUACCAGUGAUAUCAGGCUGUUCAGCUGUCCUUGAGUGCCAGGCCCAUGCUGUACACUCCGUGGGGGAUCACCAAGUAUGGUAUGGCACGGUCUUAAGGGUAUUGCUUCACGAACAUGCUCAACAGUCUCUUCUCUACUUCACCAGUUCAUACAGAUCUGUUGGGGAUGAGAUAUUUCUCAAAGCCUUUGAAGAUGCCACAUUACCAUUUGAAGAAUGGACUCACGAAGCUCACCUCAGAAUGGCCUGGAAUUAUAUUACACAGUUUGGUAAGGAUGGAGCCACACCAUUAAUAAAAAAGGGUAUUCUCAACUAUAAUGAAAAAAACAAAGAUAAGAUCAAGACUGGUUAUCAUGAAACAGUGACGAUGUUCUACAUUCACCUCAUCUCAGAUGCCAUCCAAACAUCUGGCUGUCAACAUGAAACUUUUGAAGAUUUUAUUGCGAACAACAGUUACCUGAUGGAGAGAAGCUUAAUCCUGAACUACUACAGCCCAGAGAGGAUUGCUGAUCAGGAAUGCAGACACAGAUUUAUGGAACCAGACAAGAAGGCUUUGCCAUAAGUGACAUUUAAAACUGGAGAACUUUAUUACCACAAUGGCAGAAGUAUAGACUUGUCCUGUCAUGCUGGCUCUUCAGGCAGGAAUUGUGCAAAGGGAGCAGUUUUGUUGUGAGACUCCAGGGUGCAUAGUGUGGGCUUUUCUUUACCAUCAGUCAUCUUGCUACCACAGCAUGCCAGGACUGUUGAAGUCAGUAAUAGAACUUACAGUGAGUCAACCUACAGCUGAAAGUCACAGCAGUGAACAUAGAACCUCAGCAAAGAUUCAGCACUGAACAAACAACUAUUGAAGGAAUCAGCAAAGUCACAGAAUAACUGGAGUUUUACAUUGAUAGUUUGUCUUUAGGUACAGACACAUGUGGUCCUAAGAAAAAUAAAUACAACAAUGAUGUUGGGCAUUCAGGGCCAUACAAUAUUAGGAAAAUACGUGGAGUUCGUAAAUAUGUAAUAAUUUUUCAAAAUCAUGAAGUUGUCCAAAUUAGUUUCCAGUGAGAUUUUAAUCAUUCAGUACAGAGCAAUGGACAUCUGGGUAAAGAUGUCACAAAUCCUGCUUUCAUCUCGUAGAACGUACAUUUCAAUUACAGCAUUGGUCACCAAGCUAUUUGGGUUGAGUAUGGUAGACUGAUUCACAGCUAUUUGAGUUCAGUGUGGUAGACUGAUUCACAGCUAUUUGAGUUCAGUGUGGUAGACUGAUUCACAGCUAUUUGAGCUGUAUUUUAGACUGAUUCACAGCUAUUUGAGUUCAGUGUGGUAGACUGAUUCACAGCCAUUUGAGUUCAGUAUUUUAGACUGAUUCACAGCUAUUUGAGUUCAGUAUUUUAGACUGAUUCACAGCUAUUUGAGUUCAGUGUGGUAGACUGAUUCACAGCUAGUUGAUUCACAGCUAUUUGAGUUCAGUGUGGUAGACUGAUUCACAGCUAUUUGAGUUCAGUAUUUUAGACUGAUUCACAGCUAUUUGAGUUCAGUGUGGUAGACUGAUUCACAGCUAUUUGAGUUCAGUGUGGUAGACUGAUUCACAGCUAUUUGAGUUCAGUGUGGUAGACUGAUUCACAGCUAUUUGAGUUCAGUGUGGUAGACUGAUUCACAGCUAUUUGAGUUCAGUAUUUUAGACUGAUUCACAGCAGAGUUCAGUAUUUUAGACUGAUUCACAGCUGAGUUCAGUACUUUAGACUGAUUCACAGCUAUUUGAGUUCAGUAUUUUAGACUGAUUCACAGCUAUUUGAGUUCAGUGUGGUAGACUGAUUCACACAUGUUGAUAUAUUUAUCUCAUAGGUGUUUUUCCACAGAUGUUGUGGACAUGGGUCACUCACAAUAAAUUGUAAACUGCGCAUCCAUUGUGUGUAUUGUA